CUGAAUAUGAGUUCAUUUGCCUUAGGACAUUUCAUCUAGUGACUGUGUUACAUCAUUGUAUUAUUCAGACCAUAUAGGGAUGCCUCUGUUCUUGAAAUCCACAGGAAUGGCACUGCUGGUGUUUGAGCCAAGUUCAGCACCUGCAUCACCUGUGGAUAGAGACUUGUGCAGGGAAAUCUAUUGGAGGCACAUAGAUGAACUGGGAGGCCAAAAUGAUAAAAUUGCAGAUAUUGCUGUGUUUGUCUGGCAUCAAAAAUCACUCUGUCCCAUCCUCUCAAGGCUGGCAUCACCUUCAAGACUGAUUGGCUCUCUCUCUUUGCAUGGCAGGGCAGGAGAGCUCCAAAGGAUGAACUCCCUGGUCAGCACCUCCCACCUCCAGCUUGCUGCCUUUGCUCUGGGCACCAUAGGCUGGAUCCUGUGCACUGUUUCAAUGGGAAUUGUGGAAUGGAGAGUGUGGCAUGUGGACAACACCACUGUCAUCUCCUCUGGCAUUGCCUGGGUGGGGAUUUGGAAAGUCUGCUUCAUCAGUUACCUUUACGUCUCACCUGGCUACAGAGAACAGUUUUGCCAUAAAUUCAGUGGCUAUGACUCCUUCAUCCCCCAUGAAAUUUACGCUGCUCAGGGUCUCCUGUUGAUUGCUAUGUUCAUGGGCUUGCUGGGACUGGCUGCUACAAUAUUUGCUCUGAGAAAUGUCUAUAUGGGAGUCACUCACAAACCUCUCAUUGCCCCGUUCUUCCUGGUGGGGGGCUUCUUCUACAUAUCUGCUGGUGUGUGUGUCCUGAUUCCCGUGAGCUGGAAUUUCUAUUCUGUAACUCACAACCAGAGCAUAGCUUUUCCUCCUUCUUACUACAUGCCCUCCAGUCCAGCAGCACAGGAAGCUGGUGCUGCCAUUCCUGUUGGGAUUGUGGCUGUCAUCCUCCUGCUGCUAAGUGGGACAUUUUCUCUCUCAUACAGAUUUCCCAUGACUGCAAACACUAUCAUGAAAUCCUGA